GGCUCCUACAGCUCACAAUCCGCCAGUCCGUCCAAGUGCCGGCUGAAUCCCUUGCGCGUCCCCUUGAACGCCUUUGCGCAUAAUCCAAAAUGGCCGUAGGCAAAAACAAGCGUCUCUCCAAGGGCAAGAAGGGUAUCAAGAAAAAGGUCGUCGACCCCUUCUCGCGGAAGGAGUGGUACGACGUCAAGGCGCCUUCCACUUUUGAGGUUCGCAACGUUGGCAAGACCUUGGUCAACCGGUCACAGGGCCUCAAAAACGCCAACGACUCGCUCAAGGGACGCAUUAUUGAAGUUUCGCUUGCUGAUCUGAAUAAGGACGAGGAGCAAUCUUUCCGGAAGAUCAAGCUGCGUGUCGAUGAAGUUCAAGGCAAGAACUGCCUCACAAACUUCCACGGCAUGGACUUCACUUCGGACAAGCUUCGCUCUCUUGUCCGCAAGUGGCAAUCUCUCAUUGAGGCACAUGUCGACGUCAAGACGACCGACGGUUACCUCAUCCGUCUCUUCGCGAUUGCCUUCACCAAGCGUCGGCCAAACCAGGUCCGCAAGACUACUUACGCUCAGUCCUCUCAGAUUCGCGAGAUCCGGAAGAAGAUGUUCGAGAUCAUGACGCGGGAGGCCUCAAGCUGUGAUCUGAAGGAGCUUGUGCAGAAGUUCGUUCCCGAAGCCAUCGGCCGGGAGAUUGAGAAAAACACCCGCAACAUUUAUCCUUUACAAAACGUCUACAUUCGGAAGGCUAAGAUCUUGAAGGCGCCGAAGUUCGACGUCUCAAAACUUCUUGAACUCCAUGGCGAGUCGACGGACGAGACUGGCACGCGUGUGGUAAAGGACUUCAAGGAGCCUGAGAUCCUCGAAUCCGUCUGAUGCAGUGCAUUGACAUGUACCUUUGUUACUACUAUGAUUUCCUUACGACUAUGCCACAAGGGUAUUGCCAAUCUAUGAUCCAGCGCACGCACCGACUGGCAUGCAAAACUCAUUUGCGUU